GGGUUGUUACUUCUGUGUGAAGCAGUAUGCUCUGGAGUGUUCACGCAUCCCCAUGGGUCAGACCGUCAACUCUCAGCUCUCCAUGCUCUUCACGGAGGAGUGUGAUAAGGUGAUUGGCCUGAUGCAUGUGCACUCGUUCAGCUAUGACUUCCACCUACGGGUGGUUCACCAGUCCCUGGUGGGCUGUCACAUGACCCUGCAGCAGGGAUACCAGCUGACCAGCUUCCUGGAGGACUUCAUAGCUCAUCACCCUGACAUCCCCAAGUUCAGACGAAACCACGUCUUCCAGGGGAGUUUCUCCAUCUCUACGGGGAUGAUCACAGCUCACCAGCUGUAUAACUACAUUACUGACCAUGCUGUCACCUACGGCAUGAAGCCCCUUCGCAUGUCCAAGGCUGCAAUGACCAGCGAUGGCAAGAAGGGGGCACCACCCAGCAGUGACCUGCAUGAGUACGGUCUGGUUGCACUGUGGAACAGCUCGGGCUCUUACAAGGACCUUGAAGGCCUGCGUCACCAUGACGAUUUUGACGUGUCCCUGCUGGUGUGUCACAAUGCCGCUCCGUUUGAGGAGCAGUCGGAGGGAGAGAGACAUCUGCUGAGGCUGCGUUACUACGUGAUAAUGACCAGCCAGAGAGAGCUGUUCCCCCGGCUGACGGCUGACAUGCGUCGCUUCAAAAAGCUUUCCCAGAUACACUGUGAGGUCAGCAACCUGGCAGGAAGGGUUCCCCCUGAGAGAGGUACAGGACCAGGUGGGGUAUUGGACCUUGAACUGGACCUCUGGGAGGAGACCCCCCCUGCAGCCUCAGCCCCAGACACCUUCAUCUCUACCCCCAGCGUUGGGAACGAGUUCUAUCCCCUGACUGGUCCCCAAGGGUCUGGGGCCCAGGAUCUCCUCUACCCCUCUCAUCUGUUCCCCCUGCUCAACCAGGAGGUGGGCUGUGCGCAGAGCCAGAUCCAGGCGAGUGUGGAACAGGCCAUGGGCCACUGUCGCAGGGACAACCUGUGGAGGAGGCUGUUCCAUGGAGAACACCAGCACCUGGCCAUGGACAAGCUCAAGCUGAGCAAACUUUCCUUCAGCGAACUGGAGGAGCUCCUCAACGCAGUGCAGAGUCAAUCUGUAGGGGAGAUCGACCCCCAGCUGGGUUGUUUCUUGACCAUGAGUCCCAGCUGGUACCAGAGUCUGAUCAAAGUGCUGCUGACUCGCUUCCCUCAGAGCUGCCGACACUUUGACCAGAGUGGCAUUCAGUAUCUGGCUGUCCUGAACCAGAAAUUCACUGACUGCUUUGUUCUGGUCUUCCUUGAAAAUCAGGCAGGAAAAACGAGCCUCAAGGUUGUAUUUAGGGAGCCAUUGCCAUCCCAACCGCAGCCUAGGAACAGCCCCUCGCCUCAGCUGGUGUCCAUGUACCAUCACCUGGAGUCUGUGAUCAACACAGCCUGCUACAACUUGUGGACAGGCCUGCUGUAGGCCUGGAGGGCCAAUCAGGGCCAGGUGGGCCACAGAGAAACAGGCUGCUGGGAGGUGUAGUUCCAGACAGGCGGCUUCAUUUAUAGGCCGUCUUGGCAUGUGGGACACAAAAAAGGAUGUUAUUGUUGAAAAGUGCUAAAUCAGCGAAUCAAAGAGUUCACAUGUCAAAGCUUCCUGUGCAAUGUAUCAGUGUUUUAUUCAUUCUACCACUGGGAGAAAAGAUGCACACUAUUGUUAAAGGGAUAGUGCAAGAUUUUGGCAAUGAAGCUGUACCUGUAGACUUCCAGUCAUUGCGCUAACGCUAAUUAGGCUCGCAAAACUACCUUCAACUUCCUUCAAACUGCACGCAGAGACAUAGAAAUGGCAUCUGACGUUGCAAAAAUCUUGCACCAUCCCUUUAAAGAUAUGACCUUACCGGCUUGUCACCCGGCCUGUGUUUUGGUAAAAAGCUGAGGGAUGUGCCUGGAAAAAUUGGUAUCAAAAUUAUAGUUUUAACUUGUUUUGAGGGUGCACAGUGUUUGUUUACAUUUACAUUGUUUACAUACAUUGGAGUAAAAUAAGAUUAUAUUUGUGGUUCUGAUAGAGUACCGCAGUUGAACUAAGUUAUAUUCUUUAAGAACCAAUGGGUAUACAUCAUUAAUUUAGAUGUCCCAAAAUUGAUGUAGCAACGAACUAGCUUUAAAGCACAUGAAGGGCUCUAUUAAAUCAGAUCCGCUUUAGCCGACAUCCACAUAGCUGUUGUUUUGGUGGUGUCGGAGGUGAAACAGCGUU